CAUCUUCCCUUUUCUUUCUCUCUUUACUUUGUAGUUGGUAUUACAUAUCAUUAACAGAUCUUGAUUACUAAUUAGCCAUGAGUAGAGGUGGAAGCUACGGUGGCGGUCAGAGUUCUUUAGGCUACCUUUUCGGGUCUGAUGAGAAUCCAACUACACCACCGCCUUCCCAGACUGUUAACCUACCUCCUUAUGGUGUUGAUGUGAUCCCUGAAAAGAAUAAUCCAAAUAAUCUUUCUGCUGAAAAAGGCAAGGUGUCGAACAACUAUCACCGAGCUCAAGGCCAGAAUACUGGCAACUUUAUUACUGAUCGUCCGUCCACAAAGGUGAAGUCUGUUCCCGGAGGAGAUUCAUCUCUUGGGUACCUCUUUGGAGAUAAGUGAGGUUUUUUCCUUUCUUUCAAUUUCUCCAAACUUUAGUAAGGGAAUUAAGCCUCAGUAGCAUGUGGGUUUCAAGUAGAAAGUGAAAAUAAGGAAUUAUCCAUUCCCGUCAUUGUUGAAUUUGUAACUAAAGUGUAGCAAAUAUGCUGUCUUCUUCUAAUAGAUGUAGACUUAUAUGCAAAUCAGUCAGCUUAAUUAUGUGUGGCUUUGCUAUUAUAAUAAGAGAAGCUAGUUGUUUCUGUUAA